AUGGCACAGAACAAUGUAAGUAACAACCAAACGAAUAGCCAAAUGAGUGACGAACUGAUGAGAGAUGUCAGUGUGCUCUAUCGGGCAUCACGUCGUGGGGAUGUACAAGCUUUGGAGUAUUUGUUGCAGCAAAACGCAUCCAUUCUUGACAGCAUUCCAGAUGACGGCUGUGAAACUCCCUUACACAUAUCUGCACUGCUAAAUCAUGCUUCAUUCACACAGGUUCUUCUAAAUCAUAAUGGUGAUCUCGCCACCAGAAAGGAUGCCUCUGGAAGAACAGCCCUCCACUUGGCUUCUGCAGAGGAUAACUUGGAGGCCGUGCAAAGACUGCUAGAAUUUAAUGAUGAGCCAUGCUUGGUUACUGAUGGAAAAGGAAGACUUCCUCUGCACUAUGCAGCUAUGAGGGGGAGGACAGAGGUUGUCGAAGCAUUGGUCAUAGCGCGGCCAGAUUCUCUAGGUUGUCUUGACCCUGGAAGGAACAGUGUUUUUCACUUGUGUGUCAUGUACAACCAUUUCAAGACUCUGCGAGUAUUGGUGAAAUUGGACUAUGCCACUGCCAAUGUUACUGUAGGCGCGCCUCGUGCUCCCAUCUUUACGCUCCCUGAUCAUAUGGGAAACACCAUUCUCCAUUUAGCCGUCAUGUACACGCGAGAUGAGGCUGUCAGGUAUGUGCUGUCAAUUCCAGAAAUAAGAGAAAUAAGAAACCAGCAGAACAGGAAAGGCCUUACAGCCCACGAUAUGCUCACAUAUAUUUGUCCAAAAAACUGGAAAAUCGAUGAAAUCAAACUCAUGUUGGAAAAGGACAACAACAUGGAAGGAAAUUAUUUUAUGAAGAUUUUUAAAUGGAUGCUAUGUUGGAUGAAGUAUUGGGGAUACUACUAAUUUUGUAGAAGAGAUUAGGGGGAAUGUGAGGGCGGCAUCUAUUUUCAUAGCAACUGUAAGCUUUCAAGCUUUAAUUAAUCCACCAGGAGGCCUCAUUCAACAAGGCUUAUUAUCCCGAGGCAAUACCUCAAACUCAUCAUCAUCUGGCGCCCUCAACUGCACCACCCUUAAUGAUCUUCAUCAGUAUUGUCCCGGACAAGCAGUCUCAUCCUUUCGUGACCAACAAAGAUUUUGGGUGUAUGUGGAAGAUAUUACUCUCUCUUUCUACGGAUCAAUUUGUGUCACCCUCUUGCUUGUAAGUGGAGUUCCUUUGCAGAACAGUGCAGUCGUAUGGAUUCCGUCCUUUGGCAUGUUGUUCACUCUCUUCUUUCUUGCAUUUCCAUACCUCACCGCCCUCGACUUUAUGAUCCCAGACCAUCUUUUGACAUCCGAAUUGCACGUCGUCACUCUCUGUGCAUUUGCCUUGACUUUUAUGAUGUAUUUCAUUCUGAUGUUGCUGGUUCCUUGCAUCCGGGCUUUGUCAUUGAAAAAUGCACAGAUUAUGAGAAGAUUAUCAAGAAUCUGAAGUUAACAAGUUGCUGCUGAUCGAUCUGUAUCUGCCAAUUAAUGCCCGCCUGUGUUGUCGGCAAGAGAAAAGCAAUAGAUCAUGCGGCGGUUGCUUUUAUAAUUAUCGU